UUGCAAAUCUGUAGUAGUGUUCGUCUCUAAAAAGAAGUUGGAAGAAAAAGUGUUCAUGAAAGCGAAAAUAGUUUAAUAUUUUGUUGGGUGGCUUUUGCAAGGAAUAGAACGAAAAAUAAGUUUAACAGCAAUAUAAAAGCUAUAUUGGCGACUGUUAAACGAUUGUCGGUUAUGUCAUUGGUGUGCUGAUAAGAUUCCCGUCGGUAGCUGGCUACCAGCACCGAGCGAGAAAGUGGGCAUAGCCUACGUGAAAGUUUUUCUUUUCCAAAACAACGGAGAGUGAAGGAGUUCCCUGCCAGUGUAAAGUACUUCGGAACCUUAGCACUUUCCCUGUGAUUACUGCUGCUGUCAUUCGGGGCUUUCCCUUCACCCGCAGGGUGUGCGGGCGCAAGUCGUCACGAAUAUCGGAAGAAACUACAACGUAGCACAUACGGGAAGCAUAUAGGAAAGACGAACUGCAGAAAGUUGGAAAAAGUAGGACAAAAUUAUUUUCAUUCGUCUAACGACGCGUCAAUUGCAGAAUAAUCUAAACAGACACCGAGAAAGAUGACGACCGUUCCAAAUCAGGAGGAUUUGGAAGCAAGGAUCGCGCGGAUAAAAAAACGCAACGAGGAGAUUGAGAAGAAACACCGGGAGGCCGAGGCUGAUCGCUUGAUGGCUAUGAAGGAGAACGCAAUGGUGGAGAUCAAACCCCCAAAGGACGACGACUGGCCGCGAGAGCAUAAAUAUGAUAAAAUUGAGUUUACAUAUGAUCUGGAUGCAGAUGCACUGGCAGAACUCGAAGAGAAAAAGAAGGAGAAAAAUGCAUUCAUUCAAAAAAUCGCUAAAGACUACAAAGUAUUUGCUGAGGGUGAAGGGCCUCCACCGGAUCCUGCGUACAGUUUCUUGGCGGAUGUCGAACGGGAUGGCGAAAAAGCUUUGCCAGCGAAUAUUAAUAUUAUCAAUAAAAGCAGUAAACCGAAUUUUGAGCGGAAAAAUCCAAACAAUCGAAGUGGACGUCUGGGAACAGGCAGUGUCAUAGUUGGUAACAAUCGUGGGAGGGUUGGAACAACAGUUGGCGGUGGGAAAGCGAAUUACGGCGGCAAUCUGCAGAGGUCGUUAUCGAAUAAUGAGCAUGAUGGUCGUCCCCGGCCAGAACACAGUCGAUACAGUAAUAAUAGGACAGGUGGUGGUGGUGGUGGCGGGGGGUCCGGGGAAGGUCGUUGGCGGCGUGAUUGGGAUGGUGACAGAAGCAUGGACGACAACUGUAUUAACAAUCAAAGCAAUGGGUUCAAGGGUGAGCCAAAUUUGACGGUAUCUAUUUCACAGGAUGGUGAAUUCAAGAGUGUGAAAGUGACAUCUCCUCCCAUCAUUGGCAGUGGUCGAGUAGGUCCCCGUCAGCCGGCGAAACCGCAAUUCCAAUUUCAAACAACUGGUAUUCAACAGUUAACGGAUCAUCACUCACAGCAUAGUCAUCUCCUGCAGCAAACAACUGCUAAAUCAUCUCACCAACGAAGUAAUAAUGAAAACUUCAAUCGAAAUGUCACUGGUCGGAAGUCGGACAAAGACGUAAAGCGGGUGCCAAGAACUGGUGGUCAACAACCGGCAAGCAACAAACCCGUCCCGGGUGGAAGCGUUCAGGAUCGAUUGAAUCGUAAUCGGGUGGUGAAUAUGGACAGAAACGAUGCUACCACGAAGAUCAACACAAAUGGUGUUGAGAAUGGAUCUCACUCUAUGGUGAAAACGAACGCAACAUUGAAAACGAUUUCGAAGAUUAUUGAAAAGAAUGCUGAAAUUGACGAAAAGCUAGCCCGCCAAAUGCAUCACGAGAACGAAAAGAUGGCUAAUCGCAUGAAGGAGCUUCGCAUGCAAGAUGGAGCCUAAACAAGCUUUAAAAUGAGCUCUUAUUUUCUGGUAGACUAGCUCCAUAAGAGACGCGCACAGCACCCUGUUUACUACUGAACGAUUUACUCCUUCAUCGCUGCUAGCAUUAUUACUAGGUAAUAAGACUUGCAGGACCUACGGAAAACUGUAUCCGUUGAUGCGGCAGCUUCUGCUCUACGCUGUGUUACCCUGGAAGAUGAGAAACAUCACAAAACAAAUCGUCUAGGCAAAUGUUUUUUUUUACGUAACGCAAUUCUUCACUGUCGGUGCGCAGGAUAACGCAGCAACCAGUUUUAUCCAACUGAUACUGUCCUAUUUAUUAUUUAUACUCGCUUUAUGUAUUUUAACCUAAAUCUAAUGGAAGCGUUUUUUUGCAUAUUUAAUUAUAUCAGCUACAUAAUUAUCGAGUAUGCAUACUACAUGAUAUCAUUUAUUUUACCUACUCACACGUUAUACGAUCGGAAGCAUUUAGAAAGAUACCCUGUUGAGGCAAGUUCGAAAUUUGUUUCUAACAUAUUUCAUUUCACGUUUUUAUUAGCAUGGCAAUAUAAAAAAAGCGUAUUCGGAAUAAUGUUAAUAUAUAAUGCAAAUAACAUUUGAUGAUACAAAAACCAGAAA